CCACAACCAUGGACGGUGCUGCUCUCUGGCCUCUCUGAUUCGUGUCUAACUCUGAUCAGGCACAGGCAGUACGGUAAAAAAUGGCCUCCGUGCUGAGACAGGUGCUGAAUUUUGCACCGAGAGUGCUGCUUAGGCCGCUGGUGCCGAAAUCUCCGGCUACAGCGGCCCUUGCGACCCAGCAGUUCAGACUGAAGACCACGGAUGCUGCUCCGGCUCCAGAAACUAGACCGACUGUCAGGAAGCCCGACACAGCUGCGAGGACCCAGCUGAUCGACUUCGGAAAGUAUGUGGCCGAGUGUCUGCCCAAGUUCGUGCAGAAGGUGCAGUUCACGGCCGGAGAUGAGCUCGAAGUGCUGGUCGUGCCAGAGGGCGUUGUCCCUGUGCUGCAGUUCCUCAAGGACCACCACAGUGCGCAGUUUGUCAACCUCGUCGACAUUGCUGGGGUCGACGUUCCAAGCCGGCAGUACCGCUUCGAGAUCGUGUACAACCUGCUUUCCUUGCGGUACAACUCUCGCAUCAGGGUGAAGACCUACACUGAUGAGCUAACUCCGAUCGACUCGGCCAAUGAUGUAUUCAAGGCUGCCAACUGGUACGAGAGGGAGAUCUGGGACAUGUACGGCGUGUUCUUUGCCAACCACCCCGACCUGAGACGCAUCCUCACUGACUAUGGUUUCGAAGGCCACCCCUUCCGCAAGGAUUUCCCCCUCAGUGGCUUUGUCGAGGUGCGGUAUGACGAUGAAAAGAAGAGAGUCGUGUGCGAGCCCCUUGAGCUUGCCCAGGAAUUCCGAAAGUUCGAGCUCUCCAGCCCUUGGGAGCAGUUCCCCAACUUCAGGGGGCCCCCAGCUUCUGAGGAGAUCCCAACCCAGGAGAAGAAGUGAAUUGGUGUGCAGAGUUAGUUGCGAAGAAUGUGUAAAGAACUGUUAUAAACCUACGUUUAGAAAA